AUGGGCAAGUCAUCGCGGCACAAAACACAGAACGUUCAUCAUUUUGUGCCUUUCUCUGAUCGCAUUUUGAAUGUGAACACUGAUGUAAUUCAUCAGAUACGCAGAACUGAUGAUCAUGAUGAGAUUGAAAAUCAUUUUAUAAAUUUCAGGAAGGAAAUACAGGGUCAAGUCCAAACAUUUGAACAGCUUGUUCAUCACAAGGAUGAAAUUAUAGUUUCCCUUAAAAAACAUUUGACAGUACCAAGAUCGCUGGCUGUGGCGGCCUUAUUAGAUCUACUUGUGCAGCUUGCAAGAGAUUUGCAGCAGGAAUUCAUGCCCCACUUCCAGGAUUUCUUUAAUAUACUUGUUCGCUUGCUGAAAGAAAAUUUACAGAAUGUUGAAAUCUUGGAGCAGAUUUUUCAGACUUUUGCAUGUCUGUUCAGGUUCCUAUGGAGAUAUUUGGUCAAAGACUUCACAACAGUAUUCAGCUAUUUCUCUGAAUUAAUGCUGUCAUCUCAGAAAGAUUAUAUCAAGGUGUUUGCAGCUGAAAGUUGUGCAUAUCUUUUGAGAAAGGUUAAACACCAAGAUGAGUUGUUGAACAUGCUAUUUGGGUCACUAAAAACUCAGCCUGAAUUGGUAGAUGGUAUUGGACUGUUACUGUUUGAAAUGAUGAAGGGUGUGAAUAAUCACUUUCAUACAAUAAGUGAAAAGGCAUUUCCGUUGAUUCUGCAAAAGUUGGGAGCAUGGAAUCCAAACAUGUUGAAUGAAACUGGUCUGCCUUACAACUUAGUAGAAAAAGCAGUGGUGGUACUAAUUCAGGAGUGUGCAAAUCACACAACGAAGGAGUACGCCAGACCGUUAUGGAAAAUCAUGCUUAAAACAAUUGAUCAAGUAUGCACUGCUUGCACAAGAAAUCAACAAAAGGACAUAGCUGGAAGAAUUGAUUUGAUUCAACAUCUGUACCGGCUUUUGAGGCUUAUGUCUGAGUGGAUGAUGUUUAAUGGUGGCAGCAUAGUUUCAGAUGCUGAACUCAUUGCAGAUACACUUUGUACCACCCUUAAGUCGCUGUGUCCUGCACAGCAGUUAGAUGAGCAGAUCCUGUGCACCAUUUCAAACCUGCUGCAGACCUGCCAUGACAAACUUUCUGUUGGAAAAAUAUCCUAUUUGAAUUCAGCAGUGUUGAACAUACAAUUCCAGUUUUCUGCCCUGAAAUGUUUUGUAAAAGAUGUCCUCAGUUUGCCAUUCUUUGAAAAGGAUGUGUUGCCGGGAUUAAUGGCCAGAUUGAAUUCAUUGCUGACAUUAGAAAAUGGAGACAAAAAAGAAAUCCUUUCGCUUGUGGUAGAAAUUGUAAUGCAGAAAGUAAAACUUCCAUUUACUGGGGCAGAUGUACUUUUGUUGAAGCCAUACUGUCCUGACACUAGCAAGUCCAGAUCUUUGAAAGAAAAUGCUUUUUCCACUUACAUUACAUUCAUUUUGGCUUGUACGUUAAAUCAAGAGAAACUCUUGUCAGCAUCAGAUCUGUCAUUGUUGUGGAGUGCUGUUGUAUGCUCACCUCAUUUUUGUGCAGGUGACCUGCAGACCAUGUCACAUUUGUGGAAAGGGCUUUUGAUACAAAUAGAACAUUCAGUAUUGAAUCAGACAUUGCAAAGCAUUUUGAUAAUUCUGCUUCAAAAUGAGCCAAAUGCCAUGCCGGUUGACUUUGCAGACAUUCUUAAGAUGGUUAGAUUGAGGCCAUCUAGCCUAUUUUCAGUACAGAUGUUGGACUUUUACCUGUCCUGCCCUCAGAAUUCAGUUCUACUAACAGAGAGUCAGCUUAGAGAAGUUUACACCUUGCUAGAGCCCAACCUGGUUUCAUCAUCCAAUAGUGUUCGCUUGAUUACCAGUCAUUUAUUGUCACUUUUCCUGGUUGUUCUGCCAGACUACAAUGAUGGUUUGACUAGGGAAAGCAUCUUCAAGAUCAUGUAUGAAGCAGAGAAAAUUGUACCUACAGUUCACUGUUACAGAGAGAAGCUUGUUCACCUGCGCAAGCUUGAAUAUAAUUGCAUUUUCAAGUGUCUGCCAUCAGAAUUUUACAGAAAGGCACCACUGCUGUUCUUACUUGGUAAUGAAUUUUGGAAUUUUAAACUCAUGUGGGAACCUCUUGCUGAACUUAUUUCAUCUCAUGCCCAGGGGCUUGAUUCAGAUGAAUUUUGGGAAGUUAUGUUAAAACAAUUGAAGAACGCUGCACAGGGUUCUGAAAAAGAACUGGAAGUACAAGCAGCAGUCAGUUACUGUGAUGGACAGGCAACUGUAUCCAGUUUAUUCUGUCAGCACACUUCACACGUUUUUGUGGAUUCAAGACAGCCCAAUUUUACAAAUUUCCGCUUACAGCUAUGGAAGGCUAUGAAAAAGUUUCCUGACAGAUGCAAAGCCAGAUCUGAAGCUCUCUGUGAGCUGUAUCUCAGUUUCCUGAAAAAUGAGUUCGCUGCAGCUGAUGAGGAUAGCAUGUUGUGCCAAAAUAUUUUGCAGUCUGAUGCUGGAAAAUGUGACACUCCGAGUGGCGAUUCACAAGCUGAAACAUACAUGGACGUGACAAUGGAAAAUAAUGAUGAGAAUUUUGAUAUACCAGUGAAGGAAGUGGAGAAUGUUUCACCUAGGAGAAAACCUACCAUUUUGAGUCUCCUAGUUCAUCUGGAAUUAUUAGCACUGUUCAAAAAGCAGAAGUCUGUGUUUCUCCAGUCACAGAUGCAGAACUCCUUCUACGAUCUUUUGAAACACUGGAAUUCUUCAAUUCAGAAAGCUGCUUUUGAAUGUAUAUUGAGCUACAAGAAUCCUCAUAUCUUACCAUACAGAGACAACUUUUACCGCCUCCUUGAUGAUAACACUUUUAAAACAGAAAUCACUUUGUUUCGAGUGGAUGAAGAGAGCACAGACAUCAAGAAGACUGAUCGGGAUGAAUUAUUGCCUGUACUUAUGAGAAUUCUGUAUGGAAAGUUUUAUAGCAAGACAGGAACUGACACUUCUGGCAAAUCCCGCAGCAAUCUCCGCAAGUCGAUUGUGUUUUCAUUUCUGUGUGGCUGCAAACCGGAAGAAUUGAUAUACUUUCUGGAGUUGUUGUUUCAACCAUUCAUGCAAUUUGUUACAGUUGAUCCAGUUGAAAUGGUUAGCUCAGCUCUCAUGGAUGUACAUUUUGAGAAAUUCAUUCCUCUGAAAAGAAUAAAAGGAGUUCUAAAUACGGUACAGUCAGUUUUCCAGAAGCUUGGUCAUCGUAUGGUGAGUUUUUUGCAUCCACUUCUUCACAUUCUGCUGGGUUUGACAGCCACUAUUAGUGCUGCCCUGACGCACAGGCAAAUUGUGUUGAAAGGUGCUGUUAAUCUUCUCAAGACACUGUUUCACACAGCUGUAAACAGGAUCACUCAGUUCUUUGAGAAUUUUGAGAAUCUGGAUUACACAUUUCAAGAGAUAGAAGCUGUUUUCAAAGUUGUUGUUUGGCCUCUGGCAUGGAAGCUAACAUCAGAAGGUAUUCAUCACCCAACACCCAUUUUAAAACUCUUUUUGUUUUGGAGCCAAAGCAAGCGGUUCUUUCCAUUAUUGGGCCAUAUGAAGAGUUCUUCGUCUCCUGUAGAUUAUACACCCAUGGCUUCCAUCAUGUCACUACUGAAAGCUCCAAAACUGAAUCCGUCAGUUGAAACAGCAAUUAUGAACCUCAUUGAUAACUUACUUCACAUAGAAGAUGGUGAAGAACAGCAGAUGCAGGCUUUACCACAUCCAUUUGCUGUUUUUAAAGAGGGAGAACGAAAGAAAGCAUGUGAAGACAUUCUCCUACCUCACAUCAACAGUCUCAUACUGCAUCUGAAAGGCUCACUGAGUAAAAUAGCAUGUGGUUCAUGGAAAAUGAAGCAGAAGUUCAACACAGAAUUGAAGAUUCUUGGAAGAAUCAGCAAUCUUGUGACACAACCAGGAGAAUGUCAUGCUUUGUGUGAUCUUCUGAUUUCUUUAUUUUCUCGAGGAUUUACCCUGUCCCAGGACAUGGAAGAAAAUGUUUUGCUGUCAUUCACAAAUAUGAUACAGUACAUCAGCAAACCUGAAGCUUUUUACAGGGACGUGUCUCAGUUAUUCUGCAGUGUUGAGAGGAGAGGAUCUCGCACACAACUUUGUAAACUCUUUAGAGUUAUCAGUGAAAAAGAUCCAGUCUUGAUUAAAUGUGUCACUUUGAUUGAAAAGCUGAAUACCUGGGAUAAACGAAAGACAGAGGAGCCUGAUUAUUUCACAAGACUAGAAGCUUUCAAUGAGAUCUGUUCAAUGGUGUCGAGCAUGGAGAUGGCUGCAGUUGAUAUCUUGCUACCAGUUGUUUAUAACUGUUGCUAUUUUAUCAAUCAUGUUGAUGAUAUGUCUGUCAGAGAUAAUUCCACACACUGUCUCAUUUGCAUUGUCAAGUGUCUAGCACAAACUACAACAGAAGAUUGCAGAAAAACUUUCAAUAUUGUCAUAGAAAAAGCUCUUCUGCCUCAGAUCAAACUUGGAAUUAGACAUAAAUCAGAGGCCGUCCGGCAUGAGUUUAUAGCACUUCUGCAGAAUCUAGUGAACAGCUGUCCGGAUAAUGAAAUGUUUACUAGACUGAUACAUUUGUGUGACAAAGAUACAGAAGCCGACUUCUUUGAAAACAUUCGACACAUACAAAUUCACAAGAGAUCAAGGGGUCUUCGUCGAUUGUACAAGCACCUGAAAGACCAUAAUUUUCGUGCUGAGAUUCAUAUGUCCUAUUUUAUCCCUUUGAUUUACGUGUUUAUCACUGACCCCACCUACUCCAGUCAUGCCAAUGUUCAGGAUGCUGCUGUUGAUGUUCUAGGUGCUAUUUGCAAACAGAUGCCUUGGCAAUACUAUCUACAGUUUUUGAGAUUCUACUUGCAUUUAUUGCCCAAAAAAAUUGAGCUGCAAAAGCAGCUUGUGAGAGUGAUUGUUACACUGCUUGAUGCUUUUCAUUUUGAUCUGCGAAACUCAACUUACAACAUUACAAUCACACCAGCAGCCGUUAUUGGAAACGACAUGGAUUCCCUUGUUGAAGGCAUGGAACAAGAGGACACAAGCAAAGUGAUAAAUGAGCAACCACCAGAAGAGGAAGCUACUCAGACACCAUCAAAUUUACUUGAGGCAGUAACAGAGGCAGAUGAGAGUGAGAAAUCUGAUGAAGUAGCAACAGAUAAUAGUGAUAUCAUUUGCUCACCAGCUGCAGCAACAAGGAUACACAAAACUAUUGUGAUAACUCUUUUGCCCCAGAUUCACAGAGUUGUAACACAUAAAGCAAAAAAUGAAGAUGAGCACAAACAUGUUAAAUCAAAGUAUCCUGAAGACGAUGAAAUCCUGCGGGUUCCACUUGCCUUAGCCAUGAUCAAAUUACUGCAGCACUUGCCUGGAGGAACGUUGGAAAACAUGUUGCCAGGCAUUCUCUUGAAAAUUUGUGUGUUCCUACGAUCUCGAUCUCGAGAUGUACGCACAUCAGCCAGAGACACAAUCGAGAAAGUUGCAUUGUCACUUGGUGCAAGAUUCCUGCCCUUUAUACUUAGGGAACUAAAGGCCACUCUCACAAGAGGUUAUCAGCUUCAUGUUCUGGGUUAUACAGCAUAUCACCUUUUGAAAGUUCUUAGUAGUCACAUGAAACCAGGUGAUCUGGACCCAUCUCUAAUCACUGUGCAGGAAGUUUUCUAUUCAGAGCUGUUUGGACAGACUGCAGAUGAGAAGGAAGUAGCUGCCAUAAAAGCCAAGUACUUUGAAGCACAGUUUAUUAAAGCAUAUGAUGCUUAUCAGUUACUUGCUAAAUAUAUCUCACCUAGGAAUGUAAACCAGUUGGUGCGUCCAAUAAAAGAGGUUUUGGAGACUACUCAUAAUCGCCACAUAGCAAACAAAGCUGAAGCUGUAUUACUCAAAGUUGCUCAUGGCCUAAUGGUUAACAGCAACAUUCCCAUAGAAACUAUGAUGGUGUUCAUCAAAUGUUGGACAACUCAUCAUAAGACAUCAAGAACAGAAAACAAAGAGAGGUCACAACACAGAUUACCUGAGAGUUGCCUGCUCCUUCCUGAAGCUGCACCAAGAGGGGGAUUUAAGCCAAAAGCCAGUAAAGAAACAAACACUCAUGUGCUUGUGGAAUUUGGGUUGCAGCUACUCCAAAUGUGUCUGAAGAAGUCAUUGCUGCUACCACAUGAGCAUUUGCAUCUGCAACUCUUGGAUCCAUUAAUACCUGCCAUACAAGACUCUCUGAGGAGUUCACAUACAAAAACAACGGCAAAUUGUAUGCGAUGCCUAUCCUGGCUUUUAAAGUUUCCCCUGCCUUCAUUGAAAGAAAACAUGAACAAGAUUGCUCCAGACAUGUUUGUUAUUGUUCAGAACUAUACUGGGGCUGCCACAGCCAAAGGAGGGAACCAAGAACUAAUAACAGUGUGUUUCAAGGCUGUAACGGUGUUGGUGAGAGUUGUAACUUAUUAUGAAGUUACAGAAAACCAGUUGAAGAUUUUAUUGACUUAUUGUGAGGAAGAUAUUUACAACUUUUCACGUCAAAGUUCAGCCUUCAACCUCAUAAAAGCAAUAUUGUCUCGAAAACUGGACAUUCCCCAGCUGCAUCAAGUGAUGGACAGACUGAUUGAAAUGUCAGUAACAGCAAGUUCUGCCAAUGUUAGACUUCAGAGUAGGCAGGUGAUCCUGUAUUAUUUAUUGAACUACCCUAUGGGUAAAAGCCUGAAAAAACACUUGUAUUACUACAUAGACAAUCUAAACUAUGAACUUGAAGAAGGAAGAGAAUCCGCAGUUGAGAUGAUGAUAACAAUAUUUGCAUCCUUUCCUCAGGCAAUACUAAACAAUCAUUGUCACAAGUUCUUUGUUGCCCUGGCCAUGGCAUCAUUCAAUGACACAUCUACCAAAUGCAGAAAACUGCUAAUGGUUGCCCUGGGAACUUUGAUUGGAAAGAUUGAUAUGAAACAGAGAAAAACUUUAUUUGCUGAUGUCGUUAAAUGGAUGAAGUCAGAUGUUGUUGAUGUCUGCACUAUGGGCAGUCAUGUCUGUGGCAUAUUUGUGGAAGUAGAAGAUGGGAAGUUUAAAUUUUGUCUCGAUGAGGUCAUUCCUCUGUUACUUCUACAGUUGAACCCAAACAAAUACACCGAGGAAAAUGAAGACCUGUUUAAAACAGAACAGCGGGAUACGUGUCUUGUGGCUGUACUGAACAGCUUGCUGAAAAUUGUUAAAGAUAACCAGUUUGUGCAGCAAGCACAUUUAAAUGAUCAGCAUUAUGAAAUUUGGGGUCAUGUAUGUUCCCAUCUGCUGUACCCUCACUCACAAGUAAGACUUCUCUGCAGCCAACUAUUAGGUCUCAUAUUCAGCUCACAUGAGCCUGAUGAAAUUGUGAAGCAACAGAAGAAAACUGGUGACUCUGAAGAGAGCCAGAAGCCUUUUUAUAUGAUGCAAGACACAUUGCAAUGGGUGAAAAAUUGUAGCUGGUCAUUUUGUCGACAGUUGCAAACCCCAAAUUUAGACGAUGUUCUGGGAACACAGGUGGUUAAAAAUAUACUGUAUCUUGCCCGGUUAACUGAAGCUUUGGGAAGUCUUGAUAUAUUAGUGUGGAUCACUAAUAAAGUCAUGCAGGAGGCCAAUAAGGAGGUUAUCACUAAUGUUAAGGUCACUGUGAGGAGAAAUUGUGUAUUCAGAUGGAUAGCAGCUCUUGGGAUGUCACUAAAGGCAGCUUCAGUAACAUCAUUGCUACCUUACUUGUUACCGGCACUGCAGAGAGAAAUGUUGACAAAUACCCAAGAUGCAAAUAUGAAAAAUUUGGCUCAAGAGGUAGUUGAUUUGUUGAAGAAGCAAGUUGGUGUACCAGAAUUUACAUCAGCAUUUGCUAGUUGCCAUAAAUGGAGACAAGAGAAACGGGAAAUUAAAAAGAGGACAAUUGCUGCUGAGGUUGUGACCAAUCCUGAUAUUGCUGCAAGAAAGAAAAUCCGCCAUCAUCUGAAAAAAAGGGUAGCUGUGAAGAGAAAAAGUGAAGAAAAAAGACACACAAAGAGAAUUAAGAAAAAUAAGUUGUCUGUUUUGAAUGUAUCAGUUGAAGAUGAUUAG